CGAUGCCCUUUGCUCUGCGCAGAUCAACCUUUCAUCGCGAUACGCUGUGAGUUGGGUGCUUUAACCAUUCAGCCAUGGAUGCUUAGCGGGGAUCCUAUCAACUUGUUCCGACCUGAGUAAGAAACUGUGACGCCACCGACGACGAUGCCGCCUAUCAAACCCGAGCCUGUCGAAAUUCCGCUGGACGUGAAAACGAGGAGCAUCGAAUACCUGCCGGAUAUCAAAUUAGAGACCAUUUGUUGCCCAGCGGAUGUGAAAUCGGAGACCAUGGAAUACACGCCGGAUAGUCCUCCGACCAAGCGUCUCAAAACCCUAAGCUCAGGUUCGCCAUCACCGUCCUUAAAAGGCAAAUCCAAAAUUGAAAAAGAAGAAGAUGAUGAUGAUGAUUCGUUGCCGGAGCAACAGUUGGGUACUUGCGGCGUAUGUUUGUUAGAGGAGGGAAUGUCUCUUAGAGGUUUAAUCGACAGUUGCGAACAUUAUUUUUGCUUUGUAUGCAUCAUGGAAUGGGCUAAAGUGGAGUCUCGUUGCCCGGUUUGUAAGCGUAGGUUCUCUACUAUUCGUCGCCCUCCUAAAGAUGGACUCUUCUUCUCCGAGAGAAUAGUCAACGUUCCUGUUCGCGAUCAGGUUUACAGUUACAAUGGCAAUGCAACCAUAGGACCCUCCGAUCUGUAUUCACAAGUUAAGUGUAGCAUUUGCAGCCUUGCAACAGAUGAGGAACUUCUUUUACUAUGUGAUAUGUGUGACUCAGCUGCUCACUCAUACUGUGUUGGUCUUGGUGCCACUGUACCAGAGGGUGAUUGGUUUUGCCAGGACUGCACCCUUUCCAGGGAUGAACAUGCGAAGGUUGAACCAGAUGCUACUUGUGAUGCUAACAUUUGCCCUUCAAGCUCUAAUAAAGUUCACUUUACCAGUCCUCAAGUAUCAAUCAAUGAUAUUGUUAGGGAAACUAGUAUGCAAUACCAUGAGCCUGAUACAUCUUCAGUAGUUGCCUCUUCUAGUCAACGGGAAUUGCUUGCAGAAUGCUCAAGCACACAGCCAACAGUUGACUGCACUUCAAAUGCUAGAACCUUGCGGCGUUGCCUUAAUGUACAUGCUCGUAUAAAAGUACUACGUGAAAAUUGGGAAGGUUUCAGAGGAGGGUCCUUGAAUUUUUCUUCCAGUUUUGGAGAUCGGAUAAAAGCAAGUCAACCACAGACAUCUUCCUCAAAUCAGGAGUCAACUUCUCAAAAGCAUCCUGAUAGCAAUGUAUCACCAGGUAGAGGCCCAUACAAUAUCGAUAAAGCAUGGAAGAUGAUGGAUAUUGCCGCAAAGGCUCUAGGAAGGAAGCGUGGGGAUAAAAGCUCUAAAGAUAAGGUCUCAAAACAUCCUGUAAAGAAAGAAAGCUUACCGAGUGCUGAAGGUAUGGUAAGGCCAAAUAGCAGAUAUUUUGAGGGCUUGAAAAAGAAUGACAGGGUUGAUGCUACUAAAAAGAACGAUGAAAAACAUAGGUUUCAGAUGCUAGAUAAAAACAAGCCUAUGCAAGGUACUGCAAAGAGUCGCAGAAACCAUGUGGAACAUGAGCUUCCAUCGUGUACGAAUCUUAUUGCAUCUGGCCAGGUGAAAAAUCAUCAUUACAAUAGUCAGAAUCUAUCUCGAAAACAUCAUCUUGGGGCUACAUCAAAUGUUGUUGGUUCCAUUGAUAAGUCAUCUCACUUGAUUAGACCACCAUUGAUGACUACUGAUAAAUGCUGUGCAAAAAAGGAGAUUGAUGCCGCUUUCGAGGAGAAGAGGAGCAUAAACAAAGACCCACAACUCGAUAGAAAUAUCAGGGAAGUCGAAGAUGCAAAGAGUGAGAUUCAAUCACUUGUCAAGCUCAAUUUAAAGAUUCUAAGCAGGGACAAGAAAUUAGAAGUUGAUGUAUUUAAGGAAGUUGCAAGACAUGCCACACAUUCAAUCUUGGGUGCAUGCGGCAUCGAGCGGCCAAGGGCCGGAUUCCGCUCUUUCCAAGGAUCGGUGUGCAAGCACAACGAAACACAUAAACGGCCAAGGUCUACUCUAAUGCCCACUUCCUGCAGAGAAUGCUUCUUUGUUUUUGUCAAAGAUGUUGUUACCACCAUUGCAUUUGAUAGAUAUAAAUAGAUACUAAACCAUGAGGGAGGUUAUUUUAGGUUUAAAAUUGUAUUUUAGAUUGAACCUGAAUAUUUAGGAGGUUGUAUUUAGAGCAUUCAUGUUGAUAUUUCAUAAGCAAUUCUUAUUUGCCAUGUCAGCAUGCUGACGUGGUUUUGAA